UUGGAGGUUCGGUUUCCUCUCUGUGACUUGAGGGGCGUGCUGCGAGCUACCCAUCACUGGCUGAAUCCGACAGCGCUGCCUCUGUUCUCAUUGGACUGGGGGUGCAACCAACCUGUCAGCCCAUGUGUCGUGGCCAGGACCAGUGUGAGACAUUUAAAUUCAUCAGAGACAGCGACUCAAAGGAGCCAGAGGAAUCGGGAGUGCCAGCGAAACAACGGCCGAAGAGGUCCAUUCCAUCCCAGCUACUGCCGGGAGGACCCUACUCGAUCGCCAGAGGACAAUAGGGAUUAUAUUGGGGAAUAGAUGCCAAUCGAGUGCUGACUUUCUUUGUACCAAAAAGAAAAUCAAUUAGGACGAUAAAACAUCGCCCUGUCUGACAGCGUUCCACCAUGGAGGAGGUGGUCAUAGCGGGGAUGUCCGGGCGUCUGCCCGAGUCGGAGAACCUGGAGGAGUUCUGGCACAACCUCUUCAACGGCGUUGACAUGGUAACGGAGGACGACAGACGCUGGAAGCCUGGUCUUUACGGCCUUCCCAAGAGGAACGGCAAGCUGAAGGACAUCAGCCGCUUCGACGCGGCCUUCUUCGGGGUCCACCCCAAGCAGGCCCACACCAUGGACCCCCAGCUCAGGCUCAUGCUGGAGGUCUCCUACGAAGCCAUCGUGGACGGAGGUCUGAACCCCACGGACCUGCGGGGCAGCCGGACGGGGGUCUACAUCGGCGUGAGCGGCUCGGAGGCGGGCGAGGCGUUCAGCCGGGACCCCGAGGAGCUGCUGGGCUACAGCAUGACGGGCUGCCAGCGGGCCAUGUUCGCCAACCGACUCUCCUACUUCUUCGACUUCAACGGCCCGAGCACGGCCAUCGACACGGCCUGCUCCUCCAGCCUGCUGGCCCUGGAGAACGCCUUCCAGGCGAUCCGCCACGGGCACUGCGACCACGCGCUGGUGGGCGGAGUCAACCUGCUGCUGAAGCCCAACACCUCGGUGCAGUUCAUGAAGCUGGGCAUGCUCAGUCCGGGCGGCUCCUGCAAGUCCUUCGACGCCUCGGGUGACGGGUACUGCCGGUCAGAGGCGGCGGUGGCCGUGUUCCUGACCCGGAGGCCGUCGGCGCGCAGGAUCUACGCCACGGUGGUGAACGCCGGGAACAACACGGACGGAUACAAGGAGCAGGGCGUGACGUUCCCCUCGGGGGAGAUGCAGCGCAGGCUGGUCAGCCGGCUCUACGAGGAGGCCCACAUCCGCCCCGAGGAGGUGGAGUACAUCGAGGCCCACGGCACCGGGACCAAGGUGGGCGACCCCCAGGAGGUGAACGGCAUCGUCAGCGUGUUCUGCCAGUCGGAGCGCGAGCCCCUCCUCAUCGGCUCCACCAAGUCCAACAUGGGCCACCCGGAGCCCGCGUCCGGCCUGGCCGCCCUGGCCAAGGUGGUGCUGUCCCUGGAGCGCGGCGUGUGGGCCCCCAACCUGCACUUCAGCAGCCCCAACACGGACAUCCCGGCCCUGAGCGACGGCCGGCUGCGCGUGGUCGACCGGCCCAUCCCCGUGCGCCGCGGCAUCGUGGGCGUCAACUCCUUCGGCUUCGGCGGCUCCAACGUGCACGUGAUCCUCCGGCCCCCCACGGACCCCCCCCAGCCCGCGGCGGCGGCGGCGGAGGUCGCGUCGGGCCCCCGGCUGCUCCAGGCCUGCGGGCGCACGGAGGAGGCGGUCGCCUCCCUGCUCGCCGCGGGGAGGCAGGGGGAACGGGAUGACAGCUUCCUGUCGCUGCUGAACGAGGUGUCGGGGCUCCCCGUGGCCGCCAUGCCCUUCCGGGGGUACACCCUGGUGGGCUCCGCGGGCGAGGUGACGGAGGUGCAGCAGGCCUCGGCCACGCCCAGGCCCCUGUGGUACAUCUGCUCAGGCAUGGGGACCCAGUGGGCCGGCAUGGGCCAGCACAUGAUGCAGCUGCCGCAGUUCAGGGAGUCCAUCCUGCGCUCGGACGUGGCCCUGAAGGACACGGGCCUGUGUGUGUCCAGCCUGCUCAUGCAGGCCGACGAGAGCACCUUCGAGGACACGGUGCACGCCUUCGUGGCUCUGGCGGCCAUUCAGGUGGCUCAGAUCGACCUGCUGACCCAGCUGGGGCUGAAGCCAGAGGGCAUCGUGGGCCACUCGGUGGGCGAGCUAGCCUGCGGCUACGCAGACGGCUCCCUCAGCCACAGCGAGGCCAUACUGGCCGCCUACUGGAGGGGGCGCUGCAUCAAGGAGGCCAACCUGCCCCCGGGGGGCAUGGCCGCUGUCGGGCUGACGUGGGCCGAGUGCAAGGCCCAGUGCCCAGAGGGCGUGGUCCCCGCCUGCCACAACUCAGAGGACACCGUCACCAUCUCUGGACCUCAGGAGGCCGUGAGCACGUUUGUGGCUCAGCUGAAGGAGAGCGGCGUGUUCGCCAAGGAGGUGCGCAGUGCAGGCGUGGCGUUCCACUCCUACUACAUGGCCUCCAUCGCGCCCGCCCUCCUCGCCGCGCUCCGAAAGGUGAUCGUGGAGCCCCGGAGGCGGUCUCCCCGCUGGGUGAGCACCAGUAUCCCCCAGGAGGACUGGGGGACCCCCCUGGCGCUGUACAGCUCGGCCGACUACCACGUCAACAACCUGGUGAGCCCCGUGCUGUUCCAGGAGGGCCUGAGGCUGGUGCCCGACAACGCCGUGGUGCUGGAGAUAGCGCCCCACGCCCUGCUGCAGGCCAUCCUGAAGCGCAGCCUGAAGCCAACCACGUCCAUCCUCCCGCUGAUGAAGAGGGGCCACGCCAACAACCUGGAGUUCUUCCUCACGCACGUCGGCAAGAUCUACAUGAACGGCGUCAACGUGGACAGUAACUUCCUGUGUCCGUCGGUCACGUACCCGGUACCCCAUGGCACCCCUCUGAUCUCCCCCCUGGUGAAGUGGGACCACGCCCAGACCUGGGACGUCCCGAAGGCAGAGGACUUCCCCGCCGGGUCGGGAGGCUCCACGUCCGCCACCGUCUAUAACAUCGACAUAAACCCGGAGUCCCCAGACUACUAUCUGAUUGGCCACUGCAUCGAUGGGCGUGUCCUGUACCCGGCCACCGGUUACCUGGUCCUGGCCUGGAGGACCCUGAUGAGGAGCCUGGGCGUCGUCAUGGAUACCACCCCCGUGACCUUCGACGACGUGACCAUCCACAGGGCCACCAUCUUGCCCAAGACGGGCUCAGUUCAGCUGGAGGUGCGCCUCAUGCCAGCCUCCAACAAGUUUGAGGUUUCGGAAAAUGGCAACUUGGCCGUCAGUGGUCGGGUCAGCCUUCUGGAGGACUCUGCCCUGGACGCCUUCCACGCUCAGGUCAGCCAGGUGGUUGCCAAGGACGACGAGGAUCCCAUGCUGAAGCUGAAGACCCACGACAUCUACAAAGAGCUGCGUCUCCGUGGUUACGACUACGGGAAGACUUUCCAAGGCAUCCUGGAGACCAACAACGCAGGCGACAGCGGGAGGCUCCAGUGGACGGGCAGCUGGGUGGUCCUCCUGGACACCAUGCUGCAGAUGGUGGUGGCCGGGCUGCCCGGACGCAGCCUGCGCCUGCCCACCCGCAUCCGCUCGGUGUGCGUGGACCCCGGCCUGCACCUGCAGAGGGUCUCCCCCUACGGCCAGGACCAGCAAGCCGUUGACGUGAAGGUGGACCGUUGCCUGGACAACAUCGUGGCGGGCGGCGUGCAGAUCUGCGGGCUCCACGCCACGGUGGCGCCGCGCCGCCAGCUCCAGCAGAGCCCGCCCACCCUGGAGGAGUUUGUGUUCGUCCCGUACGCCGAGACCGCCUGCCUGGCCUCCGACGAGAGGCUGGUCCAGGAGCUCCGCGUCUGCAAGGGGCUGAUCCACCAGCUGCAGGGUAAGCUGGCCCCCCACGGCAUCAAGCUGGCCGUCCCGGGCCUGGAGGGGGGCGAGGCGGCCGGCGGCCCCGGGGCCGACCCGGAGGGGCCCCCGGCGGAGCCCGGCCUGGCCCGUCUGCUGGCGCUGCUCUGCGGCCUGGAGCUCAACGGCAACCUGCGCUCGGAGCUGGAGCAGAUGGUGGAGCGGGAGCGGGCGUGCCUGGUGCAGGACCCCCUCCUGCAGGGCCUGCUGGAGGCCCCGGCCCUCCGCCACUGCCUGGACACGGCCCUGGAGAACUGCACCCCCGGCCGCAUCAGAGUCCUGGAGGCCUUCUCCAGCGACGGGCAGCUCUUCUCCCGCGCCGUGCCCGUCCUCAACAUCCAGCCCAUGCUGCGUCUGGACUACACGGCCACGGCCCCGUCCGCCCCCCUCCUGGAGCCCCACCGGGCCCAGCUGGACCAGCUGGGGGUCGCGGCGGGGGCCCCGUGGGACCCGGCCGCCGGCCCCGUGCCCGGGGGCCUGGGGGGGGCCGACCUGGUGCUGUGUAACCGCGCCUGGGGCCCUGUGGGGGCGCUGGAGGCCCCGGCGCUGCUGGCCCACCUGGCCUCGGGCGCCAAGGAGGGGGGCUUCGUGCUGCUGCACACCCUGCUGAAGGGGGAGACCCUGGGGGAGAUGCUGGCCUUCCUCUCCGGGACGUCCCAGAACAGCCAGCCGGAGCAGCUGCUCACACAGGCCGAGUGGGAGACGCUGUUCUCCCAGGCCUCCCUCACCCUGGUCGUCUACAGGAAGUCCUUCUACGGCUCGGCGCUCUUCCUGUGUCGCCGGCGGCAACCGGCCAAGACGCCCGUCUUCAUUCCCGUCGACGCCGGCGACUACCAGUGGGUGGAGCCCCUCAAGGCGAGGCUGGCGGAGGCCGACUCUGAGGGCCCCGUCUGGCUGACGGCCUCCCAGAGCCACUGCGGGGUGGUGGGGAUGGUCAACUGUCUGCGGCAGGAGCCAGGGGGACACCGCAUACGCUGUGCGUUCGUGUCCAACCUGGACGACGCCUCGGCCACGCCCACCCUCGCCCAGGACCAGGACGCCAUGAGGCUGGCGCUGCAGGCCGACCUGGCCAUGAACGUGUUCCGGGACGGGCGCUGGGGCGUGUUCAGACACCAGCUCAUCAACCAGGAUCUGAACGAGGAGCUGACGGAGCAGGCCUACGUCAACGUGCUGACCCGUGGAGACCUUUCCUCGCUGCGCUGGAUCGCCUCGCCGCUCCGCUACUUCGUGGCGACCAGCCCCGCCGUGCAGCUGUGCAGCGUGUACUACAGCUCGCUCAACUUCAGGGACAUCAUGCUGGCCACCGGCAAGCUGCCGCCCGACGCCAUCCCAGGUGAUGUGGCCCUGCAGCAGUGCAUGCUGGGAAUGGAGUUCUCCGGGCGCGACCCCAGCGGCCGGCGGGUGAUGGGUCUGCUGCCGGCCAAGGGCCUGGCGACCUGCGUGGACGCCGACCGCCGCUUCCUCUGGGACGUCCCGUCCAGCUGGACCCUGGAGCAGGCCGCGUCGGUGCCCGUGGUGUACGCCACGGCCUACUACUCCCUGGUGGUGCGCGGGCGUCUGCGCCCCGGGGAGAGCGUCCUCGUCCACUCGGGCUCCGGGGGCGUCGGCCAGGCGGCCAUCGCCAUCGCCCUGAGCAGGAAGUGCAAGGUGUUCACGACCGUCGGUUCGGCGGAGAAGCGGGCCUACCUCCAGAAGAGGUUCCCUCAGCUCACCAGCGAGUCGUUCGCUAACUCCCGCGACGCCACCUUCGAGCAGCACGUCCUGCGCCACACGCGGGGGAAAGGUGUGGACAUGGUGCUGAACUCCCUGGCCGAGGAGAAGCUCCAGGCCAGCCUGCGGUGUCUGGCGCGGCACGGACGCUUCCUGGAGAUCGGGAAGUACGACCUGUCCAACAACUCCCCUCUCGGCAUGGCGCUGUUCCUGAAGAACGUGGCGUUCCACGGCAUCCUGCUGGACGCGCUGUUCGAGGAGGGGAACCGGGAGUGGGAGGAGGUGUCGGACCUGCUGAAGGAGGGCAUCGCCUCGGCCGUGGUGCAGCCCCUGAAGACCACCGUGUUCCCGCGGGACCGCGUGGAGGACGCCUUCCGCUACAUGGCGCAGGGGAAGCACAUCGGCAAAGUGCUGCUGCAGGUGCGCUCGGAGGAGACGGGGCCCGCGGUGGCCACGCCCCCUCUGUCCCUGAGGGCCAUCUGUCGUACCUUCUGCCCCGCCUCCCACUCCUACAUCAUCACGGGGGGGCUGGGGGGCUUCGGCCUGGAGCUCGCCCACUGGCUGACGGAGAGAGGAGCCCGCAAGUUGGUGCUGACCUCCCGGUCGGGCAUCAGGAACGGGUACCAGGCCAGGCGGGUGCGGGAGUGGCGGAGCCAGGGCGUGGAGGUCCUGGUGUCCACCAGCGACGUGUCCACUGAGGAGGGGGCCGAGGCCCUGGUCACCGAGGCCCGCCGGCUGGGCCCUCUGGGGGGGGUCUUCCACCUCGCCAUGGUAUUGAAGGAUGGUAUGCUGGAGAACCUGACUCCCCAGCUUUUCCUCGAUGUCAACAAACCAAAAUACGACGGCACCGUUCACCUUGACAGGGCGACCCGGAAGUCGUGCGGUGACCUCCGCUACUUCGUGGCCUUCUCCUCGGUCAGCUGCGGCCGCGGCAACGCCGGCCAGAGCAACUACGGCUACGCCAACUCGGCCAUGGAGCGCGUGUGCGAGCGGCGCCGGGGCGACGGGCUCCCCGGCCUGGCCGUGCAGUGGGGCGCCAUCGGUGACGUGGGCGUGGUCCUGGAGACCAUGGGGGGCAACGAGGCGGUGAUCGGGGGCACGCUGCCGCAGCGCAUCGCCUCCUGCCUGGAGGUGCUGGACGGCUUCCUGUGCCAGCGGCGCCCGGUGGUGUCCAGCUUCGUGCUGGCGGAGCGGGCCGUGGCGACGGGCGACGGGGGGGCGGACCAGAAGGACCUGGUGGAGGCCGUGGCGCACAUCCUGGGGGUGAGGGACGUGGGCACCCUGAACGCUGACUCCUCGCUGGCCGACCUCGGCCUGGACUCGCUGAUGGGCGUGGAGGUGCGCCAGACGCUGGAGCGCGACUACGACAUCGUCAUGGCGAUGCGGGAGAUCCGCCAGCUCACCAUCAACAAGCUCCGAGAGCUGUCCAAUAGCAAACCCACCGAAGAGUCCAGGCAGUCCCCGGUGAAGCACGCUGCAGCCCGCGUGCUGCUGGACUCGGACCUCAGCGUGCUGCUGGUGGACCCCGACGGGCCAACCCUGGCCCGGCUCAACGCCGUGGACAGCCAGGAGAGGGCGCUGUUCCUGGUGCACCCCAUCGAGGGCUCGGUGGCCGCCUUCAAGAGCCUCACCGCCAAGCUCAGCAUGCCCUGCUACGGCCUGCAGUGCACCAAGGCCGCCCCGCUGGGCAGCAUCCAGGCGUUGGCCUCCUUCUACGUGGACUGCAUCCGGCGGCUGCAGCCGGCCCCGCCCUACCGCAUCGCGGGCUACUCGUUCGGCGCCUGCGUGGCCUUCGAGAUGUGCUCCCAGCUGCAGACCCAGGGCGCCGCCGUGGAGGCCCUGUUCCUCUUCGACGGGUCCCACUCCUACGUGGCGGCCUACACACAGAGCUAUCGGGCGAAGCUGACCCCAGGCAAGGAGUCGGAGGCUGAGACGGAGGCCCUGUGUGCCUUCAUCCAGCAGUUCACCGGCAUCGAGUACAACAAGCUGCUGGAGCUCCUCCUCCCGCUGGCUGACCUGGAGGCCCGGGUCUCGGCCACGGUGGACCUCAUCACCUCCCGGCAUCGCAACGUGAGCCGGGAGCGCCUGCACUUCGCCGCCGCCACCUUCUACCAGAAGCUGAAGGUUGCCGACGGCUACGUGCCCGCCGCCAGGUACCAUGGCAACGUGACACUGCUGCGCGCCAAGGCCAGCAGCGGCUACGGCGACAACCUGGGGGGCGACUACAAGCUCAGCGAGGUGUGCGACGGCACCGUAUCCGUGCACGUCGUCGAGGGCGACCACCGCUCCUUCCUGGAGGGCGAGGGCGUGGAGUCCAUCAGCAGCAUCAUCCACAGCAGCCUGGCCGAGCCCCGUGAGGAUUAGGCCACGCCCCCAGGCAGGGUUAGGCCACGCCCCCAUACACUACCCUCCCCUCACCACCAAACAUCAGCAGGAAGGGGUGCAGAGAAAAUGCGGUCCGGCCUCCUGCACCAAGACGAAUCCCUUAUUUUCUUCUCCUUUUUUAACACAAAAUGUUGUAGUUUUGUUCCGAGUCUUUUUAGGUGUAGGGUCGCCUCAACCAGGAAGAGCUUAAUCUAUCUUUCCCCUCUGAGCGCGACUUAAAUCAAUUGAUGCAAACGGGGAACAACACAUCAUUCCAAGAAUUCCUGGUCUAAAAAAUAAAAGCGCAAGCUUAUCAAGCAAACGAUGUUUCGAGUUAAACGUUAGAAACCCUUUUUACCUUAAGUGGUGUUGAGGGUCCGCCCGGCCAUGUUGAUCAGGUAACUAGUGCCUACUGUCCCACUGUUCUAGUCUCCCCCCCCCCCCCCCCCCCCCCGCCAGACUGUCUGCUAAACGGUGCGGGGCACGGAUGUGUUUUAAGAAACGACCCAGAGGGCUCCUUCACGCUUCCUCCUCUCCCGUGUUCUCCCCGACGCUGUAAUGAUGCAGACCGUUGAGCCCCGGCAGCGGGUGUGGCGCUACACCUGUGUGGUGUGGCGCUACACCUGUGUGGUGUGGCGCUACACCUGUGGGGUGUGGCGCUACACCUUUUGUAGCGGAUGCUCCUCCACCUCGGUGCGUCUCAAGCGGUGAGCGUUCUCGUUGUGAGCGGUUUGAUUGUCGGGUUGCUGUUUGUUUAGUUUUUUUGGUUUAUUUGGCGUCUGUCAUUUGUUUACAAUUUCUUCAUUUUGUGAUUAAUCAUUUUAUAUUUUCCGUGUUUUUCUUUGUUCUUUCUUGUUUCUUUCGGGGUGGACAUUAUGAAUGGGCCCCCUGAAAAAGGAGCUAGUGCCUCAAGGGAUUCAAGGGGGAGCUUAAAGCCGCCAUGCAAUGAUCACUAGUGUUAGUUAAGGGAGCCACAGAGCAGUAUGAUACGGACCCGAGUGGAAAUUGAUGGAGCUUUGUUAUUCUCCUGAUGUGAUCACUAGUGAAAGUGUGCGCGGAUGUCCUAUCCGCUGUUGUUUCAAGAGGUCAUCUUAUGAAUUAUGAAAUAAUUAGAUUUGUUGUCAGACUGCUAUUGUACGUGUGUGACGUGGUACUUGUAUAACACAUUUCUACAUUAUUGAAAAAGGUCACAUUUUUGCUCCGACAUUCCUAAAGUAAUAGUAUUACAACCCGAGACUAAUGCUAAGCUAGGUAUAGACAUGUGUCUGCCGUUGGCGCUAACACACAGCAGUACUUACAAUAGGCAUCGACAACCCUUUAGUGUAGCAGAACGCGGAGGACCGUGAGGAUCCGGUUGGGUUUGGCGCCAACUAGUGACCGUUGAUGGGUUGCGGCUUCACAUUGUUGAGACAUUGGUCCAUGAGGGUUUUUGACUGCCAGUCACCCACAACUUGUGGUCCCCUGAUGUCUGAGACUUCCAUACAGGAGUCGGUGAAGAGUCAGCUGACCCUGGGCCUUGUGCUGAUUGGUUGCUAUGUCGGGCGAGGAGGCUUAGCAGCUCCUUUUAGGGAAACGUGAUGUUUUGUUUUUUUGCUCUCCCUUGUAUUUAUUGUUACUAUUCCAAAAUAAAGGCAUAUCACUAACA